UCGGAAACAUCCUCUAGGGUUGUCGCUAAUUUAGCUUCUCUCGGCGGUGUCGGAGUGUGAAAGUAACUGAAUUUGGACAUGGUCGGAGUCCUGUCCGCUGCAUCUGUGGUUCUCUGGGGGGAUGCCCCAAUUGGAAUUCUGAUUGUUUCCUGACGAUACGACUCGUAAUGAGCGAUGCUGUCUCUCCUGACCCCUGCGCAUCCGUUAGGUUAGAAUCUAUCGUGCGGGAGGAGGAUAUUGUCAAGUAGGAUGCAUGGGACACUCAACCGAGCUCUUGCCGGAUAGGCACGGACAGCGGCUGACAUUCCCCUUUUCACUUUGCUCUACCACAAGCGACAUCGAUGGUUACGAAAUUCCUGGUCUAGAUUGGCUUCAUCAAGGAUCCAGGAUGACAUGCAGUUAACUCGCGACAUCCAGUCAACUUGGCCUGUUUUUUGGUGAAAGGGUUUCGUCGCCUCAGUUGUAAAAUACUUCCUAUAUUCACUGCGAGAAGAGUCAAACCGUGGGAAUUGGGGAGCAAUCUAGAGAAGCGAUGGAGGAUAUGGAUCCUAUCAUCAAUAAUACCUGUGUCUUGAUGAAUUCGGAUGGUUCCGUCAAUGUGGUAACCGAAAAACAGCUGAAGUUAUCUUCUAUGGAACCAGGUUCCGUGCUACUGCAACUUGUUUUGAGUGAGGUCUGCGGAACUGAUGUGCACCUCAAACAUGGUCGCCUUGAUAUUGUGCCAUAUCCCAUUAUUCCAGGCCAUGUUGCAGUUGGUAGAGUAUUUGCCACCGUGGGUUCCAUUGUAGAUGUAGAGGGGUCGCCGGUUGUGCAAGGAGACAUAGUGACCUAUCUCGACGUGAUCGAUACCUGUAACUCUUGUGUGACCUGUUUAGUGGAUAAGCAAACCACUAGGUGCCCGCUAAGGCGAGUGCUUGGUAUUACAUGCAACGCAGAUUCCAACAGUAUUCGGGGUUUAUUAGGUGGCUGGUCCUCCUACGUAUAUCUUCCUCCAAACACGAAGAUCAUUCGGCUACCUGAAAUGUUGCCAGCAAGCGUCUUCAUGGCAGGCGGUUGCGGGCUACCUACAGCAUUGCAUGCAGUGGAUCGGGCGAGUAUUCGACUAAUGGAUCGAGUGAUUGUUCAGGGUUCUGGACCUGUGGGGCUUUUGGCAGCCAUUUUAGCCCGACUUAGUGGAGCUCUCCAGGUUAUUGUGGUGGGUGCUCCAGCGCACAGGCUAAAGGUUGUGAAGGAGUUUGGCAUUGACCACACUAUCAGCAUUGAAGAGUUUCCAGACCCAAGCAAACGUCUUGCUCAGGUGCAAGACCUGACUAGUGGCCAUCUCGGAGACGUCGUGAUCGAGGCCACUGGGCGACCCGAGGCAGUGACGGAGGGGAUGAUGCUUUGCCGCGAUGGUGGCACUUACGUUGUUGUGGGGCAGUACACUGACAAUGGUGAAGUUGCACUCAACCCACAUCAAAUGAUCAACCGCAAACACCUCACCAUCAAGGGCUGUUGGGGUUCUGACUUCAGCCACUUCUACCGAGGAGUCCAGUUCUUGACCAAGCAUGCAACAAGCCUCCCUUGGCACCUUUUAGUGAGCCAGAUCUUCGAGCUCAAGGAUGCUGAUAAAGCAAUUGCAGCUGUGGAGAGGCUUGAGGUUUUUAAGGCCUUGGUGAAACCUUCACAAGCUUAAGGGAUGCUGUACUCGAUGGUUCGAUCCUAUUUAUGAAGAUCCUGUAUCAGGUAGUUUCAUGUUCACUCUCAUCUUUUGUCUUGGUAUGGAAAUGGUCCAUUGCAACUCAGACGAACUCGCUUCUGAAACCUGUCGACAUCGUUCAUCUGACAAAAACUAAUUUGUUCGAUAAAGAAACGGAGUUCACUUGAAGCA